AUGGCCGGGGUAGACGGUUCAAAUCUCUGCUCCGUGGAGAAGUGUCGUCGGGAAGACGGUCUUGUACAUCUUCAGUUUGACAUUCAGUUGGAGGCCGUGACGAUUCCACAUGGGGUUCUGCAGCCGGCCGAAGACUUGGCUGGCUUUGGAGAUCCGGUGGACAACCUCAUCGUGGAUUCUCAUGCUGUUGGAAUGUGUGCUUCCGAGAUAAGCAGAAUUAUCUACUGUUUUGAGUUGAUGGCCGUCGACCGUGAUUCGACUAGGACAGCAGUGUUGCGGAUACGUGUGGUUGACGCAUACGCCAGAGUUACCCGGAGGCAGGAUCGCGUCAAACAGGGCACCGAAGUGGAUCUCUAA